AUGUUUGAUGGUGUCUCAAAUAUGCUAGACAAUGGAAUUGGAGUUGUCAUCACUUCUCCAACAGAUCAUCAUAUUCCCUUCACAACCAAAUUAUGUUUCGAUUACACUAACAACAUGGAAGAGUAUAAAGCAUGUAUCAUGGGAAUUGAAUCAAUGGUUGAUUUGAGAAUCAAUAUGUUAAAGGUGUAUGGAGACUUGGCACCGGUCAUCUAUCAAAUCAAGGGAGACCAGGUAACCCUUCACCGUAAUUUGAUUCCAUAUCAAGAUCAUGUCUUGAAGAUGGUCCCCUAUUUUGAUGAGAUUACUUUCCAUCAUAUUCCUGGAGAGGAGAACCAUCUAGUUGAUGCUUUGGCUACCCUAUCUUCUAUGUUCAAGCUCAAAUGGGUUAAUGAAGCACAUGCUAUAACAAUUCAUCAUCUAGACGAGCCAACAUAUUGCUUAGGAGUUGAAGCAGAAACUGAUGGCAAACUUUGGUUUUAUGACAUCAAGCGAUAUCUUGAUAAGCAUGAUGUCGCAACCUGA